AUGUCCAACAACAUUCAACAAUUAUUAGUCAUUUGUAUUCUUGUACUAAUAAAAUUUGCUAAUACUGAGCUUACAUUAAAUAAUCAAAAAUUAGAAUGGAUCAUUGGUUCAUGGCGAUCAGAAUUUUCUGGCAAAGUAUUCUGGCCAACAGUACCAACAAUGACAUUUGGUGAAGAGUUAAUUAUUGCUGAAGCACCACUUGCUAAAUCUGUUAAUGUACAAUUUCUGAAUUUUAGUGCACGCGCAUGGUCGCAUACGACCAAAGAUCAUUUUCAUGAUGAAUGGGGUUUUAUAACUGUGGAUCCAUUUGGAAAUGCCACAUUGAUGACAGCUGGAAAUAACGGAUUUACAACAUAUGAAGUUGGUGAAGUUGCACCAAACAAGAUGAUUUUAACAUUGAAAGAUAUUGGAAGGAUUUCAUUCUCCAGGGAUCUUCCAGUUGAAGAUUUACGACGGACAUUCAUCAAACAUGACGAUCAGUAUUUGGAGCAAAUAAUUGAGAUGCGAACAGCGACACAUCCAGCACAAGGCUAUUUGGAGCAUACUCGUGUGAUCUAUACGAAACAGAAGAAAUAA